AUGGCCAAGGGUGUGAUAGCUAUAGCGUUCACAUAUUGUAUUGUCCGCCUGGCAACAGAUUACUAUUAUAUAGGUAGUAUCGGUAUCGCAACGGAGAUUGUCAUAGCGAGUGCCCUAGCGAUAUGGUCUCUGUGGCUACCAACAACCAGCAUUGUUAUGCGGCGGGUUUCGGAGAAGAACGACCUCGUGUCAAAGUCACGCGACGGCUCGGGAGGCGCUGUGUUCCUGGCUGGGAAGCAGGGCUACUGCUACGACAACGACGACGUGGAUUGGAAGUGGGACAGCUGCGAGUGGUACAAGGAUUACGGCGACGGCCCUGAGGGGUCGAAAAACUGCAAGCCUGGCUGUCCGUCUAACAAGGUCCGGGUCUCGAUGGAGUCGACCGACUGCAAGAAUGGCGCGUGGGCUUAUUGCUGUUCCGCCACAGCGAGGACACUGGAGAAGCGGCCGAACCCCAUGCUCAAAGUCUACGAAGACUCUUUGAAGACGUAUAUCAAGGAUCCCACCUGCCCAGCGAAUUACACAGAAAGCGAGAGUGGACUGAUGGCAGUCAAGGGUUUUCUUUUCGGGUCAGUUCAAGGGAAUAGCACAUCCAGCUCGGGGUUGGUUCGACGGUCGUCCAGUACAGUUACCCUCGAAGGCGUAAAGGACGUGGUUGAUAUCCUUAGGGAUGACUUUGUGAGCUUGGAUAUCACAAACCUUUGGAACGACGUUGUAGGAUCCCGCUUCACAAGUCUUACAGCCGCGAACGUCCACGAAUACUUUAGGGAUGACCUAUACUCUCUGAUAGCUAUAGGAGGUUUUUCGAUGGCCGUGACGUAUUUCGUGUGCAACCUUGAAUCAAUGAAUGUUUUGCUUGGGGGAGAUACCAAUAGUCCAUUCAGCUGCACCACGUCGACGAAGAACCCGUGCGACGAAGACGACGAAGAGACGUGGUCCAUCUUUGCCAAUAACCCCAUCAAAUGGGCCACAACGGACGGGAACGGUGUAUCCUUCAGUGGCCAGUAUACAAAGAUUCGCUGGGAUCCGACCGACCCUGUCCAGAGCGCCAUGUAUCAGGGCGUGUAUACUUCGCCGGCGCGAAAUUGCCAAGUCAUCAACAUGCGAAAAGAAGACAUGUUGUCGGAGCGGUUGAACGGUCCCCUUUCCAACGUUGACACUGAACAUCCGAUCGAGGGACAGACAGUAAAGCUGCUUUACGAGGACGGCAUAGCAGGACGGCUCGCGAACAGCAAGAAAUCGGUUCACAGUCUGCCAGGGGAUUUCGUCACCGUCACACUCCAAGACAUACAGAUUCUGCUACAGCUUAAUCCAGUCCCCAACCCUCCACGUGGCCAUACUUCUAAUACGAAUGCUGAUUAUCAUUCUCUUGAAAAGCGACUUCUCAAUGCCCUUGGAAGUAGAUUUAAUACCGAUGUUUUUGUGCUUGCAGACAAAGACCUCAACUGUAUGAAAGAAAAGGUCAGUUUCUCCCACUACCCUUCGAAGGAAUAG